AUGGGUCGCAAGAAGAUCAAAAUUCAGCCUAUUAAGGAGGAUCGAAAUCGAUCCGUCACUUACCUCAAGCGCAAGGCGGGUCUCUUCAAGAAAGCGCACGAACUCGCCGUCUUGACCGACUCGCAGGUAGCUGUCAUCGUCUUUGGUCACAAUGGCAAGCUCGCCGAGUUUUGUUCCACCGACAUCGACCUCCUGCUGUUGCGAUACACAGAGUACGACGGCGUUGCAGAGAGGAAAGGUCCUCAAAACUACCUCAAUAAUGACAAGGACUCUGAUGACGACGAUGACGACAAUGACGACAAUGACAAUGCCGGCGGUGAAGGUCUCUCCGACUUCGGCGGAUCUGGCAGUAACAAUGGCGGCGGGUCAGGAUCUGGCAACGGUGGAAGCGGCAGGGGCAGCAGUUCAAAGACCAGCGGAGUCAAGCGCAAGGCAGAGCAACCUUCUCCGUCAAACAGCAGCACUCAAUUCGAUGGCUCGAAUACUUACGCGGCGAACACCAGCAUUGGUGCUGGAUUCGGUGCAGGUGUUGGCACUGUAGGCAUCUCGCCAACCGCAAAGCAAACCAUCAAUGCCGCCAUCCGCCGAAAGAGCCAGCCUCAGUCCGCCAGCAAUCUGGCAGUUCCCGGUCAAAUGGCAGGUCAAAGCGCUUUCGAUCCCCUUUCCUACGGUCAAAGCUUUGCCUCUGGUCCAAGCAUAGAGCACGGCAUGAUGGGCACAGGCAUGUCAAACAUGGGCAUGAUGGCGGACUCAAAUAGCAGCAUGUCGGGACGGAUCGCGACCAGUGGUCCCACCACGAGCUCGAAUCGAGCCGAGACCAUUGCCAACAUGUCAAUACCCAUGCCGGACCAAGACCGACUCCCCAUCUUCCUUUCGCCAGCGACGCCCGGCUUCGGCCUGACCCCCAACGGCACCGUCACUACGCCUGGUGGAAGACGCUUCAGCUUUUCCGAUUUCCUCACGCGUGGCUCAGGCAGCUCCCUGACGCAGCGACCCGUCACCUCGAACUCGCUGAUGGCCCCCAAUCUCUUCCAGAACGACGCUUUUGAUAUGUCGACAACGCCUCCGCCUUCCUUUGGCUCGCUCACGCACAGCAUGUCUCCACAGCCGUCUCACGAUGCCUUGUCAUCAGCUCCUUUCCGUCCCGGCGCACCUGUCGUGUCCCGACCCGCGUCAGCAGAUGUACUGCGCUCUGCGGCCCCUACGUACAGCGAAGCCACGUAUGCGCCGGCCUCGGGAGCUUCAAUGGCGCCGAGCAACAUGGUGACAUCCGCAGCUAGCAUCGAUCGACCUUACGGCACUGCUGCCAGCCUCGAUCUCUCCAGUACUUCCGGCCAUCCCGCGCCGUCUGGCACAGAUUACGGACAUGGCACUUCGGCAUCACCAACGCCACCUGCGGCGUCUUUCGACAGCAAUGCGGCGAGGAUGCACUCGAACGCGUUCGGUGUCAGUCCCUUUGUCGGCUCAGAUCUUAAGAGCUCAGCCACGCCCUUUGGCGGUUCGCAAAGCUCAGCAACUCCUGAAUUGGUCUCGCACGGCAAAAGUGUCACACCACGCGUAGGGAUGGCUGCUUCCGCGUCGAGGUCGUCCAUGUCGACCGACGAAGAAACGCCCCCGGUUGGCCCGGCCGAACAUGCUCGCUUCGAUGCAAAUAGCAGCUUCAACCCACACGCAGCAUGGCUCAAUCUAGGCCAGGGAAUCGAGCACAAAGCAGACCCGACGACGCAAGCGCAAGCGCCGCUUGUCCAGCCCGUGCCGAUCAAUCCCGCGCAGCCCUUGAGCUCCAAGCCCUUCGACCUCAAGAUGCCAGCGCGGCGCGGGCAGUAG